GCAGCAGAUCUUCCUCUUCCUCUUCCUCCUCCUCCGUGCGGUGUUCCUUUCCGUGGCCAUGGCGCGGGUCCUGAUCGUGGGCGCCGGCUUGACAGGGAGCCUCUGCGCGGCGCUUUUACGCGCGGAGUUUCCCCCGGAGCGCCUUUCCCGGAUCGCGCUGUGGGACAAGGCCAGGGGCGCAGGGGGAAGAAUGGCCACGAGCCGCCGAGACCGGGAUCCCCGAUGCACGGCCGACCUGGGCGCCCAGUACCUCACCCUUGGAGCAGACCCCAAGCACCGCAGCUUUUAUGAAGAUCUGUUGACCCAUGGAAUACUGAAGCCAAUGACUGCCCUGGUAGAAGGAAUGGUGAUGAAAAAGGGGACCGAGAAUUUUGUUACACCUCAGGGAAUUUCAUCAAUUGUCAAGUACUAUUUAAAGAAGUCAGCAGGUGCAGAUAUCUUCUAUGAUCACCAAGUUACUCAGCUCUACCUCCGUGACGGGAAAUGGGAAGUCUGCGUUAAUACUGGCUCUUCAGACCAGUUUGAUGUGGUUAUUCUUACAAUGCCUGUUCCACAAAUUCUUCAGCUUCAGGGAGACAUUGGGAAUUUAAUUAACAAAAGUCAAAGGCAACAACUGGAAUCUGUGAGCUACUCCUCCCGCUAUGCUCUGGGUCUUUUUUAUGAAGCUGGCACACAGAUUGAUGUCCCUUGGGCAGCACAGUACAUCUCCAAUAAUCCCUGCAUACGCUUCAUCUCCAUCGAUAAUAAGAAGCGCAAUAUAGAAUCUCCUGACAUUGGCCCAUCUAUUGUUCUGCACACCAGUACAUCCUUUGGAGCGGAGUACCUGGAGUGGGAUAAAGAAAAGGUAGAGCAGCUGAUUUUGGACCAGUUCAGAAAGAUCAUGCCUGAUUUGCCGGAACCAGCAAGUACAAAAUGCCAAAGAUGGAGAUAUUCUCAGGUGACCACAGCUUUCCCUGGAAGUCCAGGACAAAUAACUCUUCAUACAAAACCAUUCUUGAUCUGUGGAGGUGAUGGAUUUGUUCAUUCCAACUUUGAUGGGUGCAUAGAUUCAGCCACGGCUGUAGUGGAAGCUUUGAAGUCCAGUUUGUAGAAUUUUUUUUCUUCAUAUCAACUUAUUUUUAUGAUGAAUUAUACAUUAAUAUACUAAAACAUGCUGUACUUGUCCCUUAUUUUUAAGAAAUAAAUCAUGACAAGUCUUUA